AUGGAGAUCGUUAUUUCAAUUGCAGCAAAAAUAGCAGAGUACACUGUUGCACCAGUUGGACAGUGGCUAUGCUAUUCAUGUCACUACAGCAAAAACAUGGAGAGUCUGAAGAACCAGGAAAAGAAGCUGCAAAAUGCUAAAGACAGGUGGGAACAGUCCGUUGAUGAUGCUUUAAGAAAAGGUGAGGAAAUUCAUUCUGAUGUUAACAAGUGGUUGACAGAGGCCAGUAGAAUACUUCGUGAAUGUGAAGAAAAAGCAGAGGCGAGGAGCUCUCAUGCGACAUGCGUGAACUUGAAGCAACGACAUCGAUUAAGCCGAGAAGCAAAUAAGAUAGCGGGAAAUAUUGUUAAACAUCUUGAAAAUGGAAACUUCAACCCAGUUUCGUAUCUUCCUGCUGCACAAGAUCGUAUGGUGACUACAAGACACAAGAAUUACGUGACCUUGGAGUCGAGGACAUCAGUUGCGAACGAAGUUAUGGAGGCAUUGGGGGAUGCUAAUAUCAAGAAGAUUGGCGUGUGGGGGAUGCCUGGAGUUGGAAAGAGUACACUGAUGAAAGAAAUUGAGAGGCGAGCCAAGGAAGAAAAUUUAUUCCAUGGGGUUGUUCUGGCAGCUGUCACAGAGAGACCAGAGCUGAGUCGAAUUCGAGGAGAAAUUGCGGUCAUGCUAAAUCAAGAGCGGCAUCGUCAACAAACUGAAAUCGGAAGAGCAAAUCUACAACAAGAGAGUUCAACAAAAGACGCGAAGUCACUUGUUAUCCUGGAUGAUAUAUGGCCGAAGCAACUUGAAUUGGAGGACAUAGGAAUUCCUUCUGAAGGAUGCAAAGUAGUAUUGACAUCGAGAAAUCGAGAUGUAUUAGUUCGUGAGAUGGGCACCCAAAAGAAUUUUGAACUCGAGAGUUUAGUAGAAGAAGAAGCGUGGAACUUAUUUGAAAAGAUGGCGGGUGAUUCCGUCAAGGAUCCUGAUGUGCGAGAAGUAGCUAUUAAGGUAGCUAAAGAGUGUGCAGGUCUUCCGGUUGCACUUACAACAGUUUCUAAGGCAUUAAAAGGUAAGAGUUUGAGUAUAUGGAAGGAUGCAGAGUUGCGACUAAAAAGACCCCCUCCUGUAGACGUCCCAGAAAUUCUGUCACCCAUAUAUACUUGCAUAGAGCUGAGUUAUAAUCAACUUGCUGAUGAAGAGCACAAAUCCCUCAUUUUGCUUUGCGCUCUACUAGACCAGUACUACGGCAUCUACUAUCAGGACUUGUUGAAAUAUUGUUUCGGUUUGGGUUUAUUCCAAGGCAUUGUUACAUUGGAAGAAGCAAGACACAGACUAGAUAGUUUAGUUUGUGAUCUACGAGACUCUUGUUUGCUAAUUGAAGGUUAG